AUGGGCUUUGGUCUUAGAUGGAGGUCAUGGAUAAAGGAAUGUGUGACUACAGCAUCUAUGUCGGUGUUGAUUAAUGGGUCACCAUCCAAGCCGUUCAGUAUGGAGAGAGGUCUAAGACAAGGAGACCCUCUCUCACCGAUUCUAUUUGUUCUUGUCGUUGAGGUCUUGCAUAGGAUGGUGGGUGAGGCAGUAAGGAAUGGACGUAUAUCUCCACUGCUGGUUGGAAGGGACAACAUAGAGCUGUCGCAUCUCCAGUUUGUCGAUGAUACAAUUUUAUUUUGCCCCCAGAAAACGGAGACAAUCAUGAAUUAUAAGAGGCUUUUGCGUUGUUUUGAGUUGAUGUCUGGCUUGAGUAUUAACUUCGAUAAGUCCAAUUUGAUUUUGGUUAACUGUGAGCAAGGUUGGGUGAUGGAUAUGUGUGGUUUGUUGGGAUGUGCGGAAGUCGCUUUACCUGUUAGGUACCUAGGUAUUCCUCUAGAUGCGAACCCUCAGUUGACGAAGACCUAA